AUGGUUGUAUCGGAAGAAACGACUCCCCACGUGGAAGGGGAUGCUCCUAGCAAGAAAGCAGCGAAAAAAGCAGCAAAGACAGCUGAGAAACAGCAGAAAAAAGCUGAGCAUAAGGGAGCGAGUCAAGAGCAGAGUGAGGCUUCGGAAGUGGAUGUAUCUGAUGGAAGAUAUGGCUCCUACAAAUUGUUACAGUCAGAUGGUUCAUAUAGGGACAGAGUCUAUGUUGAUGUAAAGGAUUUAAGUGAAAAGGCAGGCCAGGAUGUAUGGGUUAGAGCGCGUCUCCAUACGACUCGUGCGAAGGGCAAACAGUGUUUCGCAGUGCUACGACAGAAUAGCAGCACUGUUCAGUUGCUGAUCAGUGUUAAUGAUGAGAGGAAGGUCAGCAAACAAAUGGUCAAGUUUACUGGCAAUAUAACAAAGGAGUCCAUAGUCGACGUACUCGCGACAGUGGUGAAAACUGCUUCACCGAUCGAAUCGUGCGCUAUCAAGAACCACGAGUUGUCUGGUCGUGAGGUUUGGGUCGUUUCGGCAGCGAAGAAUCAGCUGCCGCUGCAGGUAGAAGAUGCAUCCAGGCCAGAAACUGAUGACCCAGAAGCGCUGAAAAUCCGUGUGAACCAAGACACGAGGUUGGACAACCGCGUGUUAGACCUCAGGACACCAGCUAACCAGGCCAUCUUUAGGAUAGAGGCUGGAGUCUGCCGGCUGUUCAGAGACAUACUUACUAAACGAGGCUUCGUGGAGAUCCACACGCCGAAGAUAAUAUCGGCUGCCUCCGAGGGUGGUGCUAAUGUCUUCACCGUCUCCUACUUCAAGUCCAACGCGUAUCUCGCCCAGAGCCCACAGCUCUACAAGCAGAUGGCCAUAGCUGCUGAUUUCGACAAGGUGUUUACGGUGGGGGCCGUCUUCCGCGCUGAAGACUCGAACACGCACAGGCAUUUGACGGAAUUCGUCGGCCUCGACCUCGAGAUGUCCUUCAAGCACCAUUACCAUGAGGUCGUGGACACCAUCGGGCAAACCUUCACGGAUAUCUUCAGAGGUCUUCAGGAACAAUAUGCGACAGAGAUAGAGAUAGUCGGUCAGCAAUACAAAGUGGAGCCGUUCAAGUUCCUCGACCCUCCGCUGAGGCUGGAGUUCCCUCAAGCUGUCAAGAUGUUGAAAGAAGCUGGUGUAACAGUGGGUGAUGAAGAUGACUUAUCUACUCCAGACGAGAAGUUACUAGGCCGUUUGAUCCGAGCUAAGUACGACACUGAUUUCUAUAUAUUGGACAAGUACCCGCUUGCAGUUAGACCGUUCUAUACCAUGCCAGAUCCUAACAACCCGAAAGUGUCAAACUCCUAUGAUAUGUUCAUGAGGGGCGAAGAGAUCUUGAGUGGAGCCCAACGUAUCCACGACCCUGAGUUCCUUACGCAGCGUGCUAAGCAUCACGGCAUAGAUAUCAAACAAAUAGCGUCAUACAUAGAGUCCUUCAGUUUUGGAUGUCCACCGCACGCGGGUGGUGGUAUAGGUAUGGAGAGGGUGGUUAUGUUGUACCUCGGCUUGGACAACAUUCGCAAAACGUCCUUGUUCCCGCGCGAUCCUAAACGUGUUACGCCAUAG